AUGUCUGAUGAUGGAGAGAAGAAAACGGAUAGCACCGAACUUGACAGUGAUAUGGCAGUCAAGGUGGCGAGAGAAAAAGCUACCGCAAAAACUAGAGAAAGAGAGCUUCAAGGUUUUGAUCGCGAGAAUUUCAUUCUUCAUCAGCGCUUCAUUCGCAGAGAUUUUAUUGCAUGCAAGGCUCUAAUAAAGGAGAUGGCAGACAAAUACAGCGAAAUGUGCGAGUAUCCGUUUUGCAUUAGGGGUAAAAUAGCUCGAAUGGAAGGAAAUUUUCGUGAAGCUUUGAUAUGGUUCGAGAAGGCGCAGUUAGUGAAUCCCUUAAAUGGCGUUUAUGUGCGUGAAAUUGGUUGUUUAUAUUUCUUACUUGGGAACCAUAUUAAAGCAUCAGAAGUUUUUCUGGAUGCAAUUAAGCUGAAUGAUAAGGACUGGAAAUCAUACUACUGGCGUGCAAUGGCAUUAUAUCAUACCAAACAGGAUUCUGAGUCUGCACUCAAAGUAUCAACUUUCCAGGCUCAAGAAUGUUUACUUACGGCUCCAACAGCUGCACAACAUGUUGAAAUUUUGACGUUUCUAGCAAGAUUAUGUGAGCAACGUAAUGAUAUCAAACUAGCAAUUGAAGCGCAAAAGAAAGCAUUGGAAUUGGAACCAGAAAAUCUUGAUAUUCUUACAAAUAUGGGAUUGCUUUAUGCGAGGUGGCAGAAUGAUGGCCAAGCAUUUGAUGCCUUUGGCAGAGCCCUCAGCUAUGAUCCAACACAUUCACAAAGUAUACUGGCCGCUGGUUCUAUCAUACAAACAAAUGGUGAGCAUGAUGUCGCUCUAACGAAGUACAGGAUAGCUGCAGAGAAGUGCGAAUACAACGGACCAUUGUGGAAUAAUAUCGGCAUGUGUUUUUUUGGAAAAGGCAAGUGCGUUGCAGCAAUAAGCUGUUUGAAGAAGGCUAAUUAUUUGUGUCCGCUCGAAUGGAAAAUUUGCUACAAUCUUGGCAUAGUGCAUAAUGCUGUGCAGCAGUACGCGUCUGCUUAUCAUUUUUUAUCAUCGGCCGUCAAUUUAAAUACACGUUCGACAAUGCCUUACAUGGCACUUGCAGUGGUACUGACAAAUCUUGAUGAUACUCUGAAUGCGAGCAAAGCUUAUGACAGAGCGCUUCAACUUGACAAGAAUAAUUGCGCUCAGAUACAUUUAAAUUACGCCAUAUUUAGAGCGAAACAAAAAGAAUUAAAGGAAUCGGUCGAGUCAUUGCAAGCAUUCUAUAAAGCAAUCACUAACAGGCAGACGCUCUCACAAGAGGUGCUGUAUGCGGCAGAUAACCUGAAACGAUAUUUGGGUCAAACAGAUAAAUACGACAAAGGUACAUGCAAACGCAGUGUCUCAUGA